UCUCUCUCUAUCUCUCUCUCUCUGAGCUAUACAUACAUAUACACACACAGAUAUAUAGACUAGAGAGAGAUGGGGAGAAAGCCAUGUUGUGACAAGGUAGGAUUGAAGAAGGGGCCAUGGACAACUGAGGAAGACAAGAAGCUCAUCAACUUUAUCCUCAAAAAUGGUCAAUGUUGUUGGAGAGCUGUUCCUAAACUUGCAGGGCUGUUGAGGUGUGGGAAGAGCUGCAGAUUGAGAUGGACAAACUACCUUAGACCAGAUUUGAAGAGGGGACUUCUGUCGGACUAUGAAGAGAAGAUGGUCAUUGACCUCCAUGCCCAAUUAGGCAACAGGUGGUCUAAGAUUGCCUCUUAUUUGCCUGGAAGAACAGACAACGAAAUCAAGAAUCACUGGAACACACAUAUUAAGAAGAAGCUAAAGAAAAUGGGGAUCGACCCAGUCACCCACAGGCCACUCAGCAGUGCCACCAUUGAUGAUGUCAAUAAAGAAACAGCAAAACAAAGAGAAUCAGGACAAGAAAUGGAUCAAAGGGAGGUGGUGGAAACUCCAUUGAUGGAUCAGUCAACCAUUACAGAUGCCUUUGAAGAAGACAACAAGAACAUGGAGACAAGCCCAACUCUUGUUGACCCACUACAUCAAGUCAACAAUAAUAAUGGCUUCUUCUCCUCACCAGAUAAUAAUGAAAUUCUGGCCACUUCUUUAUCAUCUUCAUCAUCAUCAUCCACCUCUUCUUUAAACAGCCAUGGCGGUUUUGUUUCAUCUGUUGAAGACAACAACAACAACAACAACAACGUUGGUAGUCUGUUUGAAGAUUUGGAUUUCUUGCCGGGAUUUGACUGGCAUAAUGACUACAUCAAUGAUGUGGGGUUAUGGGUGGAAGAUGAUGAUUUCUUCAAAGAAUUAUGCUUUGUUGAUAUGUUUAGUCAUUAGCUUAGUUACUCGGAUCGAUAGAGGAAUUGAAAUUAAGUGAUCUCUUCAGAAAAGUAUAUAAUACUGUAAGAAAGUAUUAAAUUUGUCAAAUUACUUAUUUGUCAUUUUCAGCAUAAGGAAAUCUAUCUAAUAAAUAACACUUAGCUUCUGAAUUGUUAUCA